CUUACUCUGGUCACUCUGCGAUACUCUGGUCACUCUGAAAAUUGGGCAAUAACUUUGCGAACAUAACAUAAAAUGCAAUAAUUUAUUAAAGCCAAUUAACAAAAGUCCUCCAAGAUGCUGUUGACACUUCGAGUGCAAGGAGCUCGGCACUUGGUGAAGUCCACUCGAUGCCUGGCCAGCAGCGCGGCGCCGGAGAAGUCGCCAUCCGCCCAACCACACCUGGAGGUCAAUGGGAGCACGUUCGCCACCGAUGGAUGGACGAACGUUACGCCCAAAAUUCUCUCCUAUCUGGGAGCGAACAAGCACCUGCAGACGGACCACCCGCUGUCCAUCAUCCGCCAGCGGAUCGUCAACUACUUCUACGGAGCGUACCGCAACCAAAGGGGCAAUCCGCUGUUCUCCGUCUACGACAACCUCAGUCCGGUGGUCACUGUGCAGCAGAACUUUGACAACCUGCUGAUACCCGCUGACCAUGUGAGUCGCCAGAAGUCCGACUGCUACUACAUCAACCAGCAGCAUCUGCUGCGGGCCCACACCACUGCCCAUCAAGUAGAACUGAUCUCGGGGGGAUUGGACAACUUGGUGGUGGGCGAGGUGUAUCGGCGGGACGAAAUCGACAGCACCCACUAUCCGGUGUUCCACCAGGCGGACGCCGUGCGGCUGGUCACCAAAGACAAGCUAUUCGAGCGCAAUCCCGGUCUGGAGCUGUUCGAGGAGACGUGGUCCGGCACGCUGGCCGAUCCCAAGCUUAUCCUGCCCUCCUCCAAGUUCAUGGACCAGACCAAACAGCCCUGCCACACCCUGGAGGCCGUCAAGCUGAUGGAACACGAAAUGAAGCACGUGCUGGUAGGCCUGACGAAGGAUUUGUUUGGUCCUCGCAUAAAGUACCGAUGGGUGGACACCUAUUUCCCCUUCACCCAGCCCUCGUGGGAACUUGAGAUCUACUUCAAGGACAACUGGCUGGAGGUCCUGGGCUGCGGCAUCAUGCGCCACGAGAUUCUGCAGAGAUCUGGCGUCCACCAGUCGAUUGGUUAUGCCUUCGGAGUUGGCCUGGAGCGUUUGGCCAUGGUUCUGUUCGACAUACCGGACAUCCGGCUCUUCUGGUCAAACGACAGUGGCUUCCUUUCGCAGUUCAGCGAAAAGGACCUGUUAAAUCUGCCCACCUACAAGCCCAUAUCCCACUAUCCGCAGUGCACGAACGACUUGUCCUUCUGGCUUCCCGACGAUGUGGAGGUGGAUGCCGGCUUCUCGCCCAACGACUUUUACGAUCUGGUCCGCUCUGUGGCCGGUGAUAUGGUGGAGCAGAUCAGCCUGGUCGACAAGUUCAAGCAUCCAAAGACGGGGAAGUCGAGUGUCUGCUUCCGCAUCGUUUACCGCCACAUGGAGCGCACCCUCACGCAGGCGGAGGUAAACGAAGUCCACAAGCAGAUCGCCAGUGCUAGUGUGGAUAGUUUCAAAGUGCAAAUACGUUAGUCAUAGUCUAGUUCCGUUUCAAUUUAAACCAAAAAACACCAGUAAAGAUAGCCAUCAAAGUAAGGUAUUUUA